AGAUAAACAUCUCAAGCGGAACAUUGCAGUCAGAUCAGUCAGGAAAAGUUCAUCUUGCUGUCACGUCCUUACCACCGGAAUCUAUCACACGUUUCUUAUUGAAAGUUUGUAACGAGCAUGGUACAGAUGCAUUCUUCUACUUCGAUCAAGCAAGUAUGUCAGAAGACAUCACUAACCUCUACUCCGAUCCUGGUUCCGCUUUGCGACGAGAUCCAUCAUUCGUCUGCUUGUUGUACGCUAUGCUUGCUCUAGGAAGUCAAUGGACUACUUAGCUCGACCCGAGGGACCAUUAUCGAAUGUUGUACCCAGGGACCCCGGCUUGACUUUCUUUCGCCAAGCCCGCGGUCUCAUGUCGGAUGUGAUAGAGCUCAAUUGUAUCCGGGCUGUGCAGGCAUCGUUCGUCAUUGGGGUUUAUCUACUUCCAGCCAACGCUAUUGGAUCAAGUUAUGUUUACUUGGGCAUCGCAUUGCGCAAAGCUCUUGCUUUAGAUCUACAUCUAGCUCACCAGGAUACGGACUUUACUACACUUGAGCGAGAGCUCCGUCGGAGAUUAUGGUGGUCAAUAUAUUCCUUGGAACGGAACACUACACUGAAAUUAAAUCGCCCACGUUCCAUCGCAGUCUCGACCAUCUCCGCUCCACUUCCAUCGGAAUUACCUCAGCUGGAUGCUCAACAGGCUUUCAACAACCUCCAGCAUCAGAUUGCUAACGCACGACUGACACUCCUUCUCGACCAGCUGCAAGAUACCUUGGACCCUCAGAAAUAUGUAUCAGGGAUAGAACAUUCUCUAAAGACCUGGAAACGGUCACUCCCACCGAGCUUGAGAUUAUGUAAUGCCCAUCCGAAGUCGUCCAACUUUCGCGCCGUUUUCCACUUGCACCUAAAUUACCAUAUUGCUUGGAUCUUUAUGGGCAAGCUUAGUGUUCUUACUAUGAUUCGAGCUAAUCUUCAGUAUGAUCUUGGUCGCUCUAGCACCCAGGUUCAUCUCGCAGAACAUGAAGAGCGCCUUGCACGAGCAUGUAUCGGUUCAGCAAACAAGAUCUUGCACAUGUUUCAGGACAUGCAGAGUACGGGGAAUCUGACUCGAUUCUCUUUUACCGACUUCCAAGGUUGUAGCAUCGCAACAGUCAUAAUCAUCCUCUCAGGGAUGCUUGAGAGAAACGCUAUUUACGAAAGAGUGGCAGCAUUCGGCAAAGACUGCCUUGAAAGCAUGGCUGAAGGCAACGCUACCGCUCGUGCAGGCGUUAAAUUCGUGGAGGCUGUGAGAUCGAUUGCAGACGAAGCCGUGAGCAGGAUGCGACAAUCUCAAAGAUCUACUUCACAUCUAGAAGCCAUGCCACUCCUGUCAGACUAUGAACACUGGGCUCAGUGGAUACAGCAAGCAGACAAUGUGUCGAGUGAGCACAACAGACCACAAAAUGAUUCGGAAAUUCCUGCACAGUCUCCAGGGGCCUCGCAAUCGACAGUCGGGGACAGGGCAUGUCACACCACACAAAACGACUUGAUCCUUGGCCCUGGCACGAUUCCGACAGAAGAAGAACUGAUAGGCCUUAAUAUUGACUGUCCGAUUACAGUUCAAAGAGACGAUCCUACGUUUCUCAUGGGGCUUACUGGACUUGAUAUGCUCGAUUUUGGGUCCCAGGAUUCAGGUUUUGACGCGUUUGAAUUAGACUUCUGCUGAACUCAACACACUUUCAGCUCAAUCCACAAAAUGCUAUAUACACUCAGAGCAGGCUUGAAUCAAAUAUUUCCAACUUAUUCGACCCUACGAUAGCAUCACAAGGAUGCACCAAUUUUAAUUGGCAUGUUGGCAUCUUCCGCUAGACCGCUCCAACGACUUUUAUAUACUCGACCCUCCUUCAUUACGCCUUUCACGUAGGUUUCUGGCGCG